AUGAAAGUGCUCGGCUUGCUGAUCGUGUUAGCGGGAUGUUUCUGCGGCCGGGACGCACAGUUCCCGCGGGUGUGCACCAGCGAUGUCGCCCUGAACAGUAAGGAGUGCUGCCCGGUACCGCCGGGGUUCACCGAACCGUGCGGCGGAGCUGGUCGGGGACACUGCGCCGACACCCCCGACCCCACCGUGGAAGACCCCGCCUGGAAAAAAGCGUAUCACGUGGAUGACCGGCGCCACUGGCCGACAGUGUUUUUUAACAGAACUUGCUCAUGUGAAGGCAACUUCAUGGGGUACGACUGCACAAGGUGUAUCUGGGGAUACCGUGGGGCCAACUGCGAAACAAAACAACAGCCAGGUGUCCGUAGAAACAUCAAGGACAUAAGUUCUGAAGAGAAAAACAAGUACCAGUGCUACUUUAACCGCGCCAAGAAUACUCCAAGUGACUUCGUCUUCGCUCUGGAAUUUAAAGAAAACAUCAGGGGAAGUGAAGACCUCGCCAACAUCUCAGUGUAUGACUUCUUAGUGGCGACGCAUUACUACGCCAGCCGUGAAACCAUGCCGCCCUUCAACACAGGUAUCUGUCAGGAUGAGGACGACUGUACCCUGGACUUCGCGCAUGAUGGCUCGGGGUUUCUCACCUGGCACCGCGCGUACGUGCUGGAGGUUGAGCGGGCCCUACAGGAGGUCAACGGCGACCCGGACUGGACCAUGCCGUACUGGGACUGGGGCGCCGCGGAGAAGAACCAGUGCGACAUCUGCACCAACGAGUACGUCGGCGCUAACAACAAGCACGGUGACAUAGACACGGGGUCUCUCUUCGCUAGCUGGCGGACGAUCUGCGAAGAUCUAGACCCGUCCGACAAUGCCACCUACAUGAACCACACCAGACCGUGCAAUGUGACCAAUGCCAGUGGGAAGCUGAAGAGGAACCCCGGCCACGCGGACACGAGAAGACUCGGGGAGGCAAUAACUCACCUGCCGCUAGCGACUGAGGUAGACUUUGCCCUCAGCUUCCCCGUGUACGACACGCCCCCUUACAGCUCAGCAUCGAACUGCAGCUUUCGGAACUUAUUGGAAGGGAACGCCGACACCAGUACCGGCAAGACUAGGAGAGAAAUAAUCUCCGCCAACGGCACGGUGCUGGUCCCCGAAGCUAUCACCCUGCACGACGAAGUGCAUAUAUACCUGAACGGCACGAUGUCUAACGUCCCCACCGCACCGAACGACCCCAUGUUCUUCCUGCAUCACUGUAACGUCGACCGCUUGCUGGAGACGUGGAUACGCCGACACGGGGCCCCAGAGUCUGCUCUGCCGGAGAUAGGUGCGCCGCCCGGCCAUAACCGCCAUGAGCACAUCGUGCCGUUCUUCCCGCCAUACAGCCACACCCACAUGUUCAAACCCUCCAUAGAACUAGGAUACGACUACCAGGAACUUCACAACAAAGGACCGCCGGGUGGAAAGAGCUACAUGGGACAGUGCAGCCCAGAACCGCAAGGGGGCGUGUAUGCCUGGAUGGGGAUUGGCAUGGGGUUAGGGCUGGCACUUGUGUUUGGAGUCACCUGUGUUAUGGUGUUCAUCUCCUGCAGAGAGCAAGAGUAUCAGGAGAUAUGAUAUGACAUGAUAUACUAAGCCACCAACAUACUCACCUUGCAGAUACAAGGUUCCAGUUUGGCAUUAACUUUGACCGGAUCACACAAAAUGGGAUGCAAAUCAUGUGUUUGCACUUCAGAUUUUAUGGGUAUAGCAAUAGCUAUGUAUUUCUAUUUCUUAAAAACCUAGUUCAUCAUAGCUUUUUUGUGUCUCAACGUCGAUAAUGCAGCAAAUACUUCCUGGCAGAAGUGAAUGAUAAAGGUAACUUAAGGUAAUGCGGCAUUGUCGCCUGCUCGUUUAUACCCAGAUAGUACAUUGGGUAUUUGCGAUCUCUUAUAUGGGAUGGACAGACAGAGACUAUGUUUUGUACCAUGUAUAUGUAGUGAUAUAUGUUGAUUUAUUAGGACUCGAUGUAAUCU